AGGUUGUGGAGUCUCCAUCCCCAGAGACAUUCGAAGCCCGUCUGGCCAUGGUCCUGGGCAGCCUUCCCAGCUGACCCUGCUUUGGUCUCCAGGGGUUCCUCCAGCCCCAGCUCCUCCGUGAACCGUGUUGAACACUGCGGGGCUGGUAGGGGCAGAGCCCACGGUCCAGCCACCUCUCGGCUCCAUGUGCUGCGGUUCAGCAAGUUUGAUAAACACCCGGCACGAGAGUGCUUUGGUGCCUGCAUUUUCUUUUUUUCUUCCAGAGUUGCAUAAUCUUAGGCAAACAUUGUGUCUUUUGCCAUACAGACACACAGGGAAAAUCCCUCCUGUAGCUCAGCUGAAUAGUUCUCCUCUUUGUGGCCAUGCCACUUGGCACAGUUUAGUUUCCUUUUGAUUUGAUGAAAUCGAAAAUGAACGCUGAGUCAGAGCUCAACAUACUUGGCUCCGGUGUGAACAUAUCCCAUUCUUUUUGUCUUUUUUUUUUUUUUUUUCCUCCCUAAUUCCCUUUGGCUAUUUCACUUUCGUGUCACCAUCUUUUAUCAUUCUGGAAUUUCCACUCGGGCUUCUCCCGGCAGACUCCAGGACUCGCUAUUAAAAGGGAGCAAAAUCCAGCUGCUGCAGUCUGAGCCGCAUCUGCCAGAGCUUCUCGUCCUGCUCCGGCUGCUCUCACCCCAAGGGAAGAUGAAGACCUCUGCAGCCGUUUUUGCUCUUCUGCUCAUUGCAGCCUCUUGCUCCCAGACUUCCUCUGGCCCAGCUGGAUCCGACCUCCCGAUCUGCUGCUUCUCUUACACACGCCACAAGCUCCCACAGAAGCUCAUCCAGCGUUAUUACAGCACCAGCACUAGCUGCACCCAUCCGGCCAUCGUGUUCAUCACAAAGAAGGGCCGCCAAGUCUGUGCCAACCCCAGCGACACCUGGGUUCAGAGUUACCUGCAGAACUUGAAGCAGAACUGAGUGAAGCAAGAUGGCAAGUGUAGCUGCUGUCACGCACGAGUCCUGUUAUCCUGAGCUCCUGCGACGGAACAUGGUGCUGAGGAGACACGAGUUGCAUGAUCCCACAUCAUCUGCAGGCAGCUCCAAAGGACCGCUGGACGGGGACCACGAGACGCCUCAUGUUGGGGUGCUGCUGCUUGCCCUUGGCUUGCAGAAACCAGUCUGUAACCUGACCCAGCUGCCCUGACACCACCUCCUGUGGCCUGGGAGGGCCAAUGGGACUGCACCUCUAUUAUUAUUCUUAUUUUAAAUUAUUUAAGAAAUUAUCAUAUAGAGUAGGCAGUAAUAUCUUUUGUGGAUAAUAAUGCUAUUUAUGGGAGGAUGGCAGGGAGGGUAUUUAUGGGAGGGUGGCUCAGAGUCUCAGUGUUGGAUGAUGGGUGGCCCUGGCUUACAUGUGUGAAUAAAGAAUUUGGGUAAAACCUCUGCUUUUUUCCCUGUGUCCUGUUAUGUGAUAUUCACCAGCACAGAGACAGAACCUCACUCUGAGCCUGUCUGCACACUCUGUAUGACAUGUGAUGAUGGGAAAUGGUUUGUGGCAAACCCAUGAAGUUUCCAUACUGCAGACAUAUGAAUAUCCCCCGACACCUCAUUC